GUGCGAGAUUUGUCACAAGUCCCGCACCUCCUCCUCAGCAUCGGACAAAACCGCAAACAUAUCUUCCAGGGGAACAUUUGGCACGCGUCCGCGAAGCAUCCGCUCUUAGCCAGAGCGGUGGGACAUGCGUUGGGCACGUCGCAGAGUCACCUGAAGCGAUACCUGUUGUUCUGCGAGUUUUUGUGGGCAGAGCUGCGGCGCGGCCUCGGCAAGGACCCAGUGCAAGGGUGGAAUUUCUGCCCCACCCUUGGCCCCAUCUACCUUUUCCAGGAGCAGAUGGAUGGGCAGGGGAGAGCCGAGCGCGACCGACGUGGGUGCACAUGCUUGGGGGAGGAAUUUCCCGUGGAUGGUCACUUCAUGUUCACCACUGGUGGCACGAGGUAUGCCGCCACCCGGGCGUGGGGCUGGAAGAAAGGUUUCCUACCGGUCGCUCUGGGAGCCAUCGCGACACAGCGGGCAGAAGCGCAGAGCGUAGCUCAGCCGGAGCCACAGCCUGGCACUCCUGCCCCCGAAGCGCCGAGUGCGCCGCCCCCGGAAGCGCCGAGCAGCAGCGCUGCGCAGCAGCGCGUCGCGCAGUUGCAGGAGACACCAAGCGCGGCGACCCAACCGGCGGCAAACCAGGUGGAGGUGCCGCCACUGGAGACGACUAUCACCCCGGAAGGCUUGGAGCGGAUAAUGGCAGUGGCAACGGGGCAAAGUUGGUACGAGGGCCUGACUCGGGCAGAGGUGGAGAUCUUCACGGUGCAAGGUCUGAGAGAAGCGACCCGGCGGGAGGGCUAUCUCUCGUGCUUGUUCUGCAAAAGCAGAAAGAGGCAACAACUUCUUUUCCAGGGCACCAACGAAGUCCGAAACCACUUCGAGGGUAACCACGAGAGGCCAGAGGCAACAGAAGCGGUCUCGUCGGCGGUGGCCGAGGAGAUCGGCCAGGCUAUGGCUGUGGUGGAGCAGACGAUGGACAAGGUGGGCGUCUGGGCAGAGCAGGAUGUGCGAGAUCGCGUGGUUGCAGCGGCAGCGGUGCUCCCCGCGGCACCCCCCGAGCCAACGCUGUUGGACGCAGCUUUGUGCGCCGCCGGCGAAAUCGGACGCCUAUGCGCUGCCCAGCGUGCUGCAGAACGUCGUUCGGCGCAGGGCGCCACGUGGAACGACCUCACACGGUCGGAGAACGUGGAGUGGGCCGUGCACGAUGGGUCGGAGGGAGACCCUCCGUACGCGCUGGCUAUGUGCAAAGGAGGUUCCUAUGAGUACGUGGACAGGGCGAGCUUGUACAGCACCAUUUUGGUGCGCUUGGUGGUGGACGCGGUCGAGGAGACCGCCAACAGCUUGGACGCCGCAGGGCGGCAGGCCGUGCUUGAGUGCAUCUGCGUGCACUUCAAUGAGGCCGCCAGGUAG